AUGAGUGGUGCGCAUCCAUCAAUGAACGUGAUUCUCUGUGUGGUCGGGUUGGUGAACGGUGGGGCGCCGGGAGUGGGCAUGGCCGGUCGACGCGCCUCCUACGGCUAUCAGCAGACCGAGGGACUGUCGGGCGCCGAGUACCUCGCGUCCAUCUACGGCACCGAGAAGGACAAAGUGAACUGCUCCUUCUACUUCAAGAGGAGGCGCUGUGCUUCUCAGAAAUACAGGACAGUGAAUUAUGUUGCGUUAUUUGAGGUGUUUACGGAACUGGAAAGGAAGUAUGGCGAGAUCGAUGAGAUGAAUGUAUGCGAGAACAUUGGUGAGCAUAUGAUUGGGAAUGUCUACGUUAAAUUUGUGCGUGAGGAGGACGCCGAGAAAGCGGUCAAGGAUCUCGAGAAUCGUUGGUUCAAUGGGCAGCCAAUUUACGCAGAACUUUCGCCAGUAACAGAUUUCCGCGAAUCGCGUUGCCGCCAGCAUGAAGUUACCACAUGUUAUAAGGGAGGCUUCUGUAACUUCAUGCAUCUGAAAGCAAUCAGCCCAGAACUGGGUGACAGACUCUUUGGGCGCAGGUACCUUUAA